GGUAACUGGAGACGAGAGCAACAUUCUCAACAAAAUCGACGUGCAGAACACACAACCGGAAUCCAGAGCCGUGUCUGCCAUCAAGUUUUCCACAUUCACAUUUUUACGCCAAGAAAACGCUCCAGCAACAUACACGCAAAUGGCCACCAAAUACGAAGUUUCCAAGACGUACCAGUACCGCAAGGUGAUGAAGCCACUGCUGGAACGCAGACGUCGUGCUCGCAUCAACAUGUGCCUAGACGAGCUUAAAGCUCUGAUGGCCCAGUGCACAGUCCAGAGCGGCGAUGGCAAGUUCGACCGCGCUGACAUUCUGGAGGUCACUGUGGAGCAUUUGCGCAAACUGAAGCAAGCGAGGAUUCAGGCCGUCGCUGCCACAGCCAAAGUCACCAGCAACACCAAGGCCACGCAGAGUUUCCGCCACGGUUUUAUCCGCGCUGCCGAUGAAGUCUCUCGGGCGCUGGCUUCCUUGCCCAAUGUGGAUGUCGUCUUUGGCACCCAUCUGAUGACACAUCUCGGCAUGCGACUCAACCAAUUGGAAAUGCCCGUGGCAGCUCCAAGGCCAAUGAAUUUCCCGCUCUCCAUAAUCUGCGGAAAAAACAGCAACAACAGCAUCGGCAGCAACGGCAACAGCAGCUCCUCUAUGGCACCCAGCCGGGAUUUCUGCAGCAGUCCCGUGUCCAGUGGCUACUGCAGCGACAGUGAGUGCAGCGUCAGCUCCAUGCAAGAAUCCCAGCUUCUGCUGCAGAUCAGCACCGCUCAAAUUUGGCGCCCCUGGUAAAUACAUUGAUUGGCCAGACCAUACUCAACGGGCAAUCGCGCAAUGGCACCUGCAGCUCUGU